GUUUUACCUUGAAACUGUUUCAUAGGAGGCCUCUAUAUAUGCUGCCUCUCAAGGAUGAAAUACAUGCAGUUUGUAUCCAAUCAGAUACAUUGGAAUCACUUCCCUUUCAGGACAUAGAAGUACCACAUUCGGAUCUCCUUCAUUCAAGUUGAUGUUACUGAGGUCGGGAGAUGAAGGAUUAGGCCAUUGUAAGGGAGUCGGUGUAGAACAUUUCGUUGCUCUGCUCAAUUCUGAGAUUUCGCCAUACGUUUCCCUCACUGUUCCAAGCCCAUCUCUGUAGCGUUAAGGACCAGAAACUGGCUUUUCCAACGAAGUUAAAGCAGGAUGACCAUGGAAUGCCACAGCGAAAGGAUUAUACUGGAACGGCGCAGCGAAAGAUUGGCCAUUCUCCAAAGGCUGAAACCCAUUUCGUACCGAGAAACGGGAGUGAGAAGGGUUUUCAAAAGAAUCCGCAGGAAGCGCAACUCUCUUGCCUCAGAAGCAAAAUGGGAUUCCAAAACCUGGAAGGAGACUUGCUCCCAGAAGAGUUGGGGGGCGAAAAGCAGUGGAUCGGAAGACCUGAUGCAGCCUUGCUGUAGUAAAGACUUGCCUGAUCAAAAUCCUUUAAUUGCACAACAUUGUUUUGAAACUCCUCCACCGAUGGAACCCAGCGCUAACAUCGUGAUGUGCCCUGAUCAGAAGCCACUUGUUCUAGUUAUAGAAGUGCAGCAGAUGAAGAGCUACAGCAGUCCAUCUCUCCUCGGAGCCGGGACACAACUGAGAACCAACCCAGUUUCUCUUGCUUUCCAACAUGCAGGAGACCAUCCAAGGCCUGUCAUGAAGAUGUUGGCUUUUCUGACCCUAAUAUUCUUGUUGGGCAUCUUUUCUGGAUUUAUGUACGGCUUGUGCAACCCCUCUGAUACCUUCAAGCAGGUGAUGAAGGUACAGCUGAGUCGCCAGAAUGAGGCCCUUCAGCAGAAUCUUCAGAAACAGAUCAGUACUUUCCGUCAAAACGUCGUUGGUCUCCAGAGCCUCGUAGAUGCCCUCGGAAGUGUCCAUGGACACUGGGAGUCCCAGAAGCAUCUCUUCAAGCAAUUGGGGGGCACUGCAGUAGAAAGCAACCAGAUUGAAAAAGAAGACUUUGCCCUGAAAUCUGCAGGUGCAUCGAUCGUAAAAUUCAGCACAAGCUAUGAAACGGGAGCACAGGUUUGCAUGUUGGGGCUGUGCUGGGAUUACUCACGAGCUCCAGAAGUGAUUCUUGAGCGGGAUAACACCCCUGGGAAUUGCUGGGCCAUGCAAGGCUCUCAAGGCUAUGUCGUCAUCAAAUUGUCCGAAGCCGUCUGCCCGGUCGCUGUGACCCUGGAUCACAUUUCAAAGAAAAUUUCUCACACAGAAGAAAUAACCAGUGCUCCAAAGAACUUCUCUGUCUACGGAUUCAAAGAUGAUUUUGAGAAGGAGGAAGGGAACUUUUUAGGGUCAUUUGUUUACAGAAUCGAUGGUUUCCCUAUGCAAACUUUCAAGCUGGAGAGAGAAAAUUCAGGUAAAUUUCAAUACCUGCUCUUGAAGAUUUUGAGCAACUGGGACCAUCCAAACUACACCUGCAUCUAUGGGUUUCGUGUGUAUGGAGAACGAAUGGAGUGAUCAGAGAAAUUCAGUAUAAUAAAUACGGGAUCUACAAAAGGACUCUAUAUGGGCUCAUGAGAAGAGAAGACUCCCUGGAAAAGGCCCUGAUGUUGGGAAAGAUGGAGGGCACAAGGAGAAGGGGACGACAGAGGACGAGAUGGUUGGACAGUGUUCUUGAAGCUACCAGCAUGAGUUUGACCAAACUGCGGGAGGCAGUGGAAGACAGGAGUGCCUGGCGUGUUCUUCUCCGUGGGGUCAUGAAGAGUCGGACACGACUAAACGACUAAACAACAACAACAUGGGCUCUUGGGUACCCCAUAAGAGAAAAGGAGCAGUCCCCCCCUCAUAACAACACAAACUGUUUUCCCUGUAAAAAUCUCCCUGUAAAAUUUGCAUUUCUUUCAGGUAGAGGGUUGAUUUUUGAAUGGAAAACCAGAAGAUGGCGCCCUUGCAGAGGGUGGAAACAAAACCUAGCGUUUGAGUGGUAACACUGGAAUAAUGCCAAACAGCCAUCACACCACAAAGUGGGCUCAAGUCCAUGAAACCCUUUGCCAGAAUAAAUUUGCUACAACCCACUGCUGUGCCGCUUUGCUGGUAAGCAAGUCCCACGGUGUUCAAGAGUGCUUCUUCCAAGCACGGUUGUGGCCCUAGUCUGUAAGGCAUCGCGUAACAGUAUGUUGGCCGUCGUUCUAAGAUUAGCAUGGCUCCCUGCCCCUCUGCAAUUUAGCAAAUAGUAUUGUACCCAUGUAUCUGCUUUCCUGUGCUGCAGAGACAAAUCUGUCAUCUUACCUUUGCAAAACAUUCCCCCCCCCCGUGUAAUUUCAGGUGCCUGAAGUUUGCCAUAUCACUAUGCAUGCAUUUUUGCUUCUAACACAAUCUGGGUAUUAUUUUUGAAUACUGUCAUGAAUAUAUUAGGGCUGCCAUACAUUCGCAAAAUCCCAGACACCCCUGGGAUUUUGAUCCUGAAAAUGGUGUCUGUGUGGAUUUUUAAACGUCCGUUUCCCCAGACAUAUGGUAACCAUGAUAACUUCAUCUUUUUUGUGGGGGGGG